AUGGAGGAAGUUGGAGGAAAUGGAGGACCCGCACGCAUCGCAGAAUGCGGGAAGAUCGGUUCCGGUACAAUAAACUCGAAUGUCGUGCCUUCCGUCAACCUUCCGUCACCUUCCGUCAAACCUUCCGUCACACCUUCCGUCAAAAAGCCUCCGCAUGUGAUUAGAUCAGACUACUCGAAGCCUCGUGAAAAGCCAGCAAAAGUUGCAAAGAAACCAACAGUUAAAAAUGAUAAGAAGCCAAAGCCGGUAGCAAUCGUCGCUCCAACAGGAAUCAUAAAAACGUUCAAAACCACACCAAACCCAAAUCGAAACUUAUAA